CCCAUAAAAUAAUACCAACUCCGCAUCCAACAACUUCAUUAUUGCUUAUAACUUUUGUUUAGUAUCAAAAACAGCGCUAGCUACUGAUACAAAGAAUUCAAAGAAUCAGAAUCUGAGUGAUAACCCAAAGAGAUGAGAAGUAGUAACCAUUUGAUUGGACUGCUAAACUUCCUCACCUUCCUCCUCUCAAUCCCAAUCCUUGGAGGUGGGAUAUGGCUAAGCACAAGAGCCAACAACACUGACUGCCUCAAGUUCCUUCAAUGGCCCCUGAUCAUUAUUGGGGUUGCUAUCAUGGUGGUUUCUCUAGCUGGUUUCGCCGGAGCGUGUUACAGAAACACUUUCCUAAUGUGGCUAUACCUAUUUGCCAUGUUCUUCAUCAUAGCUGCGCUUUUAGGGUUCAUUAUCUUUGCCUAUGUGGUCACGGACAAAGGGUCAGGCCGGCCUGUGGCGAACCGGGCUUACGAUGACUAUUAUCUGCAGGACUACUCGGGCUGGCUGGAGCAGCGUGUAGAAGAUGCUAGCUACUGGGCAAAGAUUAGCUCUUGUAUCAGAGACUCUAAGGUUUGCAGCAAGUUGGGGAGGACUGUAGGUGGUAUGCCUGAAACUGGUGAUAUGUUUGUUCGUAGAAAGCUCAACCCUAUUGAGUCUGGUUGCUGCAAGCCCCCCUCAGACUGUGGCUUCGUCUACAACAAUGAGACGUUUUGGACCCCUGGAACAGGAAUGGUAACCAACACUGACUGCAAUAAUUGGAACAAUGACCAAGCGCAACUUUGCUAUUCUUGUAACUCUUGCAAAGCUGGUGUGCUGGCUAGCCUCAGGAAGAGUUGGAGGAAGGUCUCAGUGAUCAACAUUGUUGUAUUAAUCAUCCUGGUAAUCACUUAUGUGAUUGCCAUUGCAGCGUUUAGGAACAAUCGCCGGAUUGAUAAUGAUGAACCUUCUGGCGAGGCAAGGAUGACAAAGGAAAAACCUAGUAGGAUCCAGCUUUACUAAGAUGGGGAGGAACGGGCACUCUGAAGCUUAGUUUGUCAAGGAUUUAUUUUGGGGGGUUUUGGUCUUUUACUUAAGGGCUGGUUUGUCAUGGACUAAUGAACUCGUUUGGUUUGGUUUUGGAAAGGUGGUGGUAUAUGUAAUUUCAUGGUGCUCUUUUUUGUUGUUAUCACAAUCUCACUAAUAAGGGAAAGAUGUUACUUGGUAUGGAGAUUGUGGAGGGAUAGGAUUUCAUUUACCCGUUGUGAAUUCAUGUACAUAUAUUAUGGGUAAGAUUGCUCUAGUAGAACUCAAAUUUCAGUUGGCUUUCCAGGACAAAAAGAUCAACAUUUAAACAUUGUAAACAAGAGCCUUGAUAAUGUAUUUUAGGUAGCCAAUCAAGUGCAGAUGCUUUAGUUAA